AAUGAGUGCAAAAAAGCGCAGUCGAUCGCCUUUACGCGAAAUGAUUGGUAAGCUUACAGCUAAUGAUCCUGAGAAGGAGGAGAAUAUUCAACGCCAUCUCGAGGACCGUCUAGAAGUCCUUGUCGAUCUCAGAGUUGGUCAAUUGGAAGAAUUAGUUAAAAAGAAUAAACAUAAGUUAAGGGAAGAUGUACUAGCAAGAUUAGAGGAUGAAAUUGCUAGAAAUUCAAGUAGAAGUUUAUACGAAAGAGGUUUAUCAAGGUAUUCAUCCGCUCCUAGUUUAUUGGAAUCUACUGAAAUUAAGGUCAAGGAUGACGACGAGAAACAAGUUGAACCCGUAGAGACAAAGAAGAGAAAAGCGUUCGAACAUCAGUUAGUUACAGUUACACCGUAUAUAUGUAAAGGCAAAAAAAAUGGUGGAAAGAAGUAUAAAGUUCAACUUGAGUUGGGUCACUUCACCGAUGAUAUUCAGACAGAACUGAAUGAUAGAACUUUAGCUGUUCAAACUCGGAGUUCUAUAGAUCCAAAUUUAACAACGCAAAUUGAUAUCGAAUUCCCUAGGUCCGUCUGCUUAGAUCAACUGUUCAUAUCACCUCCAAAGGAGGGAAAGCUCUUUAUAACGGCACCCAUGCAGGAAAUUCAGAGAUUUACCGUCUGGAUUGAAGGAACGACACUGAUAUAUAAGCCUAGUUUGAGUGAAAGAAUAUCAGAGUUUUUUAAGGGCGAGACAAGAAACAAACAAGAAUUAUUAGAAUGGAUCCAAUCGAGAAUACCAAAGUUAGGAGUGUACGAUCUUUCAACCUGCUUUUCGGAUGGAAUUUGUCUAUGCGCUUUAAUAGAAUCCUGCAGACCAGGCUCUUGUCCUCGUUUCGACCUCUUGAAGCCAACUCAGCGCCGAAACAACUGCAGAUUUUCCUUAAAACUUGCCAACAAGCACUUGGGGGUUCCUUUAACGAUUAUUACGGCUGAGGAGAUUGCAGAACAAAAGGAUGAAAUGUCAAAGAACAAACUGUAUCAUUUGCUUAAAGUUAUUCGUUGGUCGGCUAAAAAACAAGUAGCUAGGCAACCAGUUGACCAUUGGAAAAAAUUGCAAAGGCAGUCUUCCAUGUUAAGAAUGGCUGAAGAUUGCUUAAUUAAAGGAUCAGGUUUAGUUGCUGGUGUUGUGGGCAGAAAAUCAAAAUUUUCCUUACAUCUACCGAUCGUCGACCAAUUUGACGUCACAAUUGAAAUUGCUGGACCAAAUAAUGAAAGUUGCGUGGAAAAAUUAUAUAGUUUAUACCCCAACCGGAAAAUGUCUACAAUAUUCCAAAGGCAUCCAGAUGAAGUUGAAUUGAGACCUAAUCAAAGACUUAUAGGUAAAACUAGAAAUGGAUUGAGAAUUGUUAGAGAACGAACUUUGGACAGAGAAGCGUCUAUUCAAUUCGAUUACGAAUGCAUUGAUGAAGGUCAUUUUAUCAUAUCGUACAUUCCUCUUAAUAGUGGAGAUCAUGUUAUUUCGGUUAAGUACGAAGGUCGUCAUAUUGGUAAAAGCCCUUAUGUUGUUUCUAUAUCGGAAACUCUUGAAGAGCUUAACAAGCAAGGAAGAGCUAGGAUAACUCAAGAAACUGGCAUUUUCGAGAGCAGAACAAUGAUAGAAGAAUCGUCAAUAGAAAGCUCUGAAGCGGAAGUUACUCCCGUUACGAGAGCCCGCCCUCCAUCUCUGCAGAGAUCACUCACAAGCAUUGGUAAGGUUCCAUUAAGGAAUCGAGUAAUAUGUAGACGAAUUUUACGAAAAUUUAUCACUGAAACUGGACAGGAAAUAUUAAUUGAAGAUGCUACGUCUACAAACCCCUGCACGCGGCAAGCUUCCGUAGAGAGCUACUCUUCAUGUCCACCUGUCCUAAGUAAACCACUAAAGCUAGAGAAGUUCCCAAAAAUUGAUUCUUUAAAAUUAAUUGCUGGCCACCUAGCUACAGUAAUAGUCAAAGAAUCCGUGUUUGAAGCAAACAAACUCGUGUUAAAAAGUCAAUGUCGCCGCCGUUCCAAUAGUUUAGAAUUAAAAGACAUUUACGAUGGUCUUUUAAAUCCAAAGACUAUGAAAGAUAAAAAAUUUAUUAGCAGUCCUUUUAGCAGCGUUUCAGAUAUUCCAUCAUUCAGACCAUUAAGCAUUUAUAGGAAACAUCGUAGAUUAUCCUCAAAUCGUUCCCUUCCUCUUGAAUUGUAUAAAACUCCAUUACCCAAUGGUAUAGAGCAUCCUGAUAGAAGGAAUAAGACGCAAAAGAACGAAGGCCAUCCAGUCUUUCUUAAAAAUACUGAUAUCAAUGUAUCAGAGGAAAGUUCCCUUACAAGUUCAAUAUCCUCAAAAGCUGAUUUCGAGACCAGCGAUGAUAAUUCAGAAAUGAAAGAUUGCUUUAGAGAAUUAAAGAUGGCAUUGAAAAGAGCUGGUUUGUCUAGAAGACGAAGAAGUUCCAAAGGCUCAUUAGUUCGACAGGUAACCAGAGUUGGCGAAGAACCUCAAAAAAAAAACUAUCUUAGCUUACCAGCUGCAGUCUCAAGGAGGAAAAAAAUAACAGCUUCAGAUUUUUCGAACCAAGUCAACUAUGAAGAUAUUAAAUUUGAGACUGGCUGGACUAGAGAUGUUCCUUACUUAAAGAAGAAGAGAUUAAUUAUUAGAAAGGAGAUGGAAAAUGAAGAAGUGAAUGGUAAUAAGGAGGAGGUGGCGGACGAGAGUGAAGAGAAACGAAAAAAUAUGGAGGAGAAUGAAAAUGGAAUAGAGAAUGGUAUUGUUACUGUUGAAAAGGGUACAAAAACGGAUGAUGAAAGUAAAGAGGAAACGUCUAAGGAGGAUGGAACAGACGAAAUUUCGGAAGACUGGUCAAAAGAAAAUGGUGAUAUAGAAGAUGGCGUGGACAAUAGCGAAAGGCUAGAAGCGAAUGAUAAAGAGACAAAUAUUAACGUAACAACACCAGUAAAAAACGUUUUUAGUCCUCAAAAAAUAAAUAAUGGUCAUAGAGUGGUCAGAAGAAAUAAAUAUAGAGGACGAAUUACAUUAGAUAGACGAUUAAUACAGAGCUUUUCAAAAUCUCAAUCUGAGGAGGAAAUGUCUAAGAAUGUCGUUAAACUCCUCAAAAGCUGUAAAAGUGGAGUGAAAAAGAAAAGAAUUACUUUUAAUAGAAAAAUCUUUGUAUUCAGAAGAUCAAGAUCUAAUUCUAGUAGGGGAAAUUCAUCAAUAGAUUCGCCUUUUCCAAUAAACAAAUCGACUGGUUCAGUUUCGGAUGAAGAGUACAAGGGUUUUGGACUUCGUCAAUCUAAUCGGAUGGAAUUUAUUGACGAAUUAAAUAGCUUUAUCAAUUUAUCCGAAAUUGCGCCUAUGGACCAAUUUAAUUCUAGAACUUUUGAAUUAACUGAGAUGUCUGAGAAUAACACAAUUAGUGUUCAACAUGAAGAACGUGAAGAGCUUUCAGACACGGAGGUGGAUAAACAAGAGCUUGUAGACGACCGCCGAAACACUUCCAAUCGUUCACCGGAAUCGCUUGAAAAGCUGUUCGAUUCCCUCGACAAUUUUUUCACAGAGUUUGACAAACAAGCGGAAACUGAUAGUCCAGAUGUCGUUGUUCCGAAUCCGAAACGGGUGUUUGCAACGGGAAAUGGAUUAAAAACUGGUCGAGUGGGCGAUAAAAAUCGAUUUCAAGUGCUAACAUGCUCUUCAUCGGGAAACGGAUGGCUAUCAGUCAAUAUACAAGGACCAGCUCGCUAUAGCGUCGAUGAGAUUAUAAUUACUUAUACUGGAGACGGAUUAUACGAAAUAAGCUUCACUGUAAACCGACCGGGGUUCUAUAAUAUAAGCAUCAGGUGGGCUCAUCACGAAAUUCAAGGUGGUCCAUUCUUAACCGAAAUUCGUCUAAACUAA